AUGCGUUCUGUUGAGCGGAUGCGCAAGGCUCACAAGCAUAGCGAGACCAUUCGUGUGUGCGUCCGACCAAGACCGCUCCGCCUCAAUGAGCCCCUCUCUGAAGAUCUCUCCAUCAGCGAAGACCGUGUAACCGUCAGCGGCUGUGACUACAGUUACGACAAGGUCUUCAGUUCCACAGCUUCGCAAGAGCAGCUGUUCCAUCUGGGCCAGCAUUUCCGGUUCGGCUGCUCGAUGCUCGAGAUCUACCGGGAGCGGGUUUUCGACCUGCUAACCCGAGACAAGCAGGAGCUGAAGGUCAAAGAGAGUGCGGAUAAGGGGUUCUUUGUGGAGGGGCUGGCUGAGGUGGAGGUGGCGGACGAGGCGGGAGUGCAGAGGCUGUUGGAGCUGGGCCAAGCCAUGCGUCGAUUCUCGAGCACAAGGGUCAACUCGAAGUCAAGCCGUAGCCACACUAUCUUCAGCAUCAGGAUGCUGGAGGGCUCUCGGGCGGGCAGACUGGCUUUGGUCGACCUCGCGGGCUCCGAGAAUGUUUGCAAGAGUGGGGCGAGUGGGUAAGUCCUGGAGUAGGCCAAGAAGAUCAAUCUGUCUCUGUCCUGCCUCGGCAACGUGAUAAAUGCUCUAACUGCUGGUAGCGAGCAUGUUCCAUACCGCAACUCGAAGCUCACCAAAGUUCUGCAGGAAACACUGGACGGCAGCUGCGUCACCACCCUGCUCGUGAAUAUCAGUCUGGCUGAGGACAGUUCGGCAGAAACCCUCAGUACUCUCAAGUUUGCCAGCCGCGCCAAGCAGCUCAAGCAGCAGCCUCCAACAAGCCCCGGGUCGGCUCCUAAGUGGACUACCUUCGAGGGCUGGUGA